GAAAUAGAAACAAGUUUUCACUUUCUGGAUUAUCUAUAUAAACAAACCCAAACUCUACAACUUGUCGAUCUCUCAGAACAGCAACAACUUUGACGAAUCCAUCAAAUCUUUUUCUCCUCCACAAGAACAUAGACGACUCAACGACGUUCGAUUUGUGUUCCAUGUAUCGUCGUCCCGUAGACUUUCUUUUCCAGGGUGGUACCUUUGAAGAUGCGAAAUAACCUUGUUGUGCACAGAAUCUAUGGUUGCUAGUGAAUCUCCAAUCCAAAACAGAGUUUGCUUCUCACACGCUCAAUCGUGAUUUAUGGUCCAACGACACCGUUUUGGAAGCUGUUAUGUCCAGCUUCGUCUUGUGGCAUAUCUAUGAUAAUACAAUCGAAGGGAAGAUGAUGUCGAACUUGUACGAAAUCGAGUCUGCUCCACCCGUGGUGCUUGUGAUAGAUCCCGUCACCGGUCAGAAGAUGGGGAUGUGGAGCGGUGUGAUUGAAGCGCAGAGGUUUGUGGAGGAUUUGUCGUGGUUUUCGGAGGCUGGUCCUUAUGAGGACAUUGAGUCUCUGAUCUCUGAAACGGAGGAGGAGUAUCAAACUUGUUCCGAGGGUGAAGAGUUUGAAAAGGAGGAUGAUUGGUCGUCAUCAAGCAACAACUUCGAGGGUCCUUUUUGGGAAGAAGAGUGGUCUCCAAGCAACAAUGAUGAUGACAUCGUUGAUCCUUCUUGGGGUGAAGAGUUUGAAAACGAGGAGACUUGGUCUCCAAGCAACGAUGAUGAUGAUGACGAUGACAUGGUUGAUCCUCCUUUAAAGCCAGGACAAUAUUUGGUAGAUUUACCGGAUUUGACAGAAGAGCCGAAAGUAGACUGUGAUAAAAGCCUUGUGUGCAGUCUAUGUGUUCGGGUUCCAGAUGGGAGAAGAAGGCAGAGAAGAUUUCUCAAGACCGAACCUUUUCAACUUCUCUGGUCUUUCUGUAAUUCUCUCCUGGAAGAAUGGGAGAUUGAGUUUAAUGCGUAUAAGCCGGUACUUGAGAUUCCUGGUGAUUCCAAGACUCUUCAUUGUCCACUAGAUACGACGAACACAACUUUUGAGGAAUCUGGACUCGCUAAUAAUUCGUUGAUCUCGAUUCUUUUGAAGUGAAUACUUCCGAGUUUUGUGCGUUUUUUUUAGUUCGAGCGUGUUGCUCCUCUUAUUUUCUCGCUUCUUUAUUCCUUGUAAUAAUUAAUCAG